AUGGCAAAAGCUUGUGCAUUAGGGAUUGUAUCAGCAUUAGCUUCAGCAACUUUAGGUGUUGAGUAUGCUUAUGCUGAUGGUCCUUUUAAUUUUGGUCCAUUUUCAUCUUCAUCUUCUUCACCGUCUCCUCAUCCUCCUCCCGAAGCUGCUCCUUCAUCUGAUACACCAAAAGAAGAAGAAUCAUCAUCUUCUAAAGUUCGAAAUGAUAAUCCACGAACCACAUCUGCUGGGUUCGAUCCUGAACCACUUCUGAAAGGAGCUGCAGCUCUUAGAGAAAUUAGUACUUCUCUCAAUGCUAAAAAGGCGUUUGAUCUGAUGAUGAAGCGGGAAGAGACAAAGAUGAUUCAAGCUGCAACCAAGAAAGCUGAAAUGGAUGCGAUGAGAGCUCAAUUUGAAACUGAGAGACAAAAGGUACUAUCUGAGGAAAAGCAAAAAUUGAGUCAACAACAAGCACAAAAUAAAGCUCAAAUGGCUCGUUAUGAAGAUGAGCUGAAGAGGAAAAGGAUGCAGGCAGAGAAUGAAUGGCAUAAAGCCAGAAAUCAAGAGUUAGUGAAAAUGCAAGAGGAGUCAGCUUUGAGGCUACAGGCUGCUAGGCAGGCAACAGAACAGCAAAUUCAAGCUCAGCGUCUGCAAACAGAGAGAGAAAAAGCUAACAUAUUAAGAGAAAAUAUUAAAAGUGAGCAAGAAGCAAAAGCAAGAGCCAACGCGCUUCAUAAACAACUAACUGAAGAUUUAAGUAAAAGGGAGCUAAUAGAUAGAGCAAAACUUGAGCAAGAGAAGUGGGUUGCUGCCAUUAACACAACUUUUGAGCAUAUUGGAGGUGGUGUGAAGGCUUUAUUAACUGAUCAAAAUAAGCUGAUCGUAGUGGUCGGGGGAGUUACAGCUCUGGCAGCUGGGGUUUACACAACUAGAGAGGGUGCAAGGGUGAUUUGGGGAUAUGUUGACAGAGUUCUCGGACAACCAUCCUUGAUCAGAGAGUCCUCGAGAGGAAAGUACCCUUGGUCAGGGAUUUUUUCUCGUGGAAUUAGCUCUCUAUCACAAAAGGCUGAAGGUGUGAAAGGGAAUGGUUUUGGUGAUGUGGUUCUUCAUCCUUCACUUCAUAAGCGAAUCGAGCAACUUGCUGGUGCAACUGCAAAUACUAAAUCCCAUCAAGCACCUUUUAGAAACAUGCUCUUCUAUGGUCCUCCUGGAACAGGGAAAACUAUGGCCGCCAGAGAACUUGCACGAAAAUCUGUAUGAGAUCUAUCCUUUUCUUGUUAUGUUUGGACUGAAACUCCUUCUCUACUACUAAAUUAUUCUCUAACCUGUAUACUUUUGGUUACUAGCACAGUUUGGACCUUGUACAGAUUAUAUACAAUGCCGCUAUUUAAGCAUUUCCAUAAAUACUGUUUCAACUUAGAUUUGAACUAAAGAAUCAAAAGCAUGAACGGAUAGAUUAUUGGAAACAACUUUCUGAUUGCAACAAAGCUACUUUUCUAAGCAA